AUGCCCUGGGAACGAAAGUGGAAAAAAGGACUUUCACUUUCGCUUGUCAAAAUGGAAGUUACAUUUGAGUCAAUUCGGAGAGGUCUCGCUAAGAAUCGUUAUCCCGGGCUCUUUGAAGCCGAUGUGUUAGAAGCACUCAAACAUUAUCCUACCUUACUGCCAUCUCAAGAUAGGUUUGUACACAAUGAUGGAAAAGAAGUUGAAUUAUUUAAUCUAAGGGGAACAAUUCCAGUUCUAAUCAGAGGUGUGACAUACAACAUUCCAGUGCAACUUUGGCUGCAGGAAAGACAUCCUUAUGUUCCACCAUUAGUAUUUGUCACACCAACAAGUACAAUGGCAAUCAAGCCAUCUCCACAUGUGGAUACCAGUGGCAAAGUUUACCUUCCCUAUCUACAUGAAUGGGAACACUCUUCUCAAGUAUGUUUGCUUACCAAUAUACAUUUUUUUUUGUGUGACAAAUCUGAUCUUUCAACUCUGCUUGAAACUCUUUGUGGGGUGUUUUCUUUACAGUCACCAGUUUUUAAACGCAUGCCAGAUACAAUGACCCAGUCGCAACAAAUUGGAAACUUGCUGAAUUACCCUAUACUAAGAAGAGCACCUACAACAGAAGAAAAUAUUGUUUCACAAAGGCGGCUUAUGACGGCAGAACAACAACUGGGAGUGGAAAGUGAAGAACUAGGCCAGCAGCGGACACAUUUCCAAGCACAGCUGCUAGAAAAAGAAGCGGAAAUAACAAACCUUCGAAAGGAAAAAGCAGAACGAGGUACAAUGACCCAGUGGCAACAAUUUGGAAACUUGCUGAAUUACCCUAUACCAAGAAGAGCACCUACAACAGAAGAAAAUAUUGUUUUACAAAGGCGGCUUAUGACGGCAGAACAACAACUGAGAGUGAAAAGUGAAGAACUAGGCCAGCAGCGGACACAUUUCCAAGCACAGCUGCUAGAAAAAGAAGCGGAAAUAACAAACCUUCGAAGGGAAAAAGCAGUGCAGAGACAGUUGAGGGAGAUGUCACAGCAGCUUGCAGACGUCCAAGGGCAGUUACAACAAAGAGAUCGGGAAGCAAAUAAUUUGCAGAAUCAAGUUACUGCCUUGGAGAGACAGCUGAGGAUUAAAGAUCAAGAAGUAAAUGAACUGGAGAUAUCUCUUUCAACAACUCAGCAAGUGUUAAAUGAAAAUCCACGCCAACAGGCACCUGAAUGGAUCAUAUCACGCGAUCAAAUUCAACUUACAGAUAAGUGCCUUGGGAGGGGAGCCUGGGGAAGUGUUGUCGAAGGAAAGUAUCGUGGCUGUGUCGUAGCCGUCAAACAAAUCCACGAGAUGAUUCUGUCCCCUCAUAAUAGGAGAUUGUUCGAGCGAGAAAUGAACAUUGCGUCACGAUGCCGCCAUCCGUGUUUGCUGCAGUUCAUUGGAGCAACAAACGAUGAAGGAAGUCCUCUCUUUGUCUCAGAGCUCAUGGAAUCGAGUUUACGAGCAUUGUUAGAGCAACAAUCUCUUUCCAGUACUGAAGUGUCUGUUAUUUCUCUGGAUGUAGCUCUAGCAUUAAACUACCUUCAUUUAAAAGAACCAUCUCCCAUAAUUCACCGUGAUAUCAGCAGUGCCAAUGUGUUGCUAUGGCGACAAGCUAACCGAUGGCGAGGCAAACUGUCAGAUUAUGGAACUGCUAACUUUAUGCAGCAGACUAUGACAGUAGGUCCUGGUGCUAUGAUUUACAGUGCACCUGAAGCCCACACUAAAAGUCAAACUGUGAAGGUCGAUGUGUAUAGUUUCGGAGUUCUCCUUUGUGAGAUUUGCAUCCGGGAAUUGCCAGAUCCUGACAGGCGUGACCAGCAGGUCGCCAUGGUGACAGAUCGCACUCUUCGAGGUCUCAUUCGUCGAUGUAUUCAUCAAGAUCCUGAGGCGCGACCCAGUAUGGAAGACAUCAUUGAAGAACUAGAACAGCUAGUCUAAGAAAGGUUUUUACAUGAUCUAAUGUAUGACCACUUAUCAUUCUUUUGAAUUUGGGCCAUUUCACGGAACGUGACAGAACUGUCGCAUUGCCAAAACUGCUUCUCAUUAUAUUGUCACGUUUUAGACAGAUCUAUAAAAUUUAAUAUCCGUGGACAGAAAGAAUCUUUUACUUUUUAUAAUUGCUUUUAUUUUUGGUCAAAUUUACUGUAACAGUUGUUCAAUUUUAUAAGCCAACGCUUGAUAAAGUAAGAAAGAAGCUUCAGCGAGUCAAGGCUUAGUUGCCCGAGACUCUUUUUUUCAGCAAUGCUGUAAUUGUAUAUAAAUAGGUUUAUUAUUUGGAACAAGUAGACUUAAUAUUGUAAUGAUAUUGUGACUGAAAAAACCCGGUUGAGAGUUACCGUUAAAGGAUGUAAGUACAGUCAAACCUGUUUUAAGCGGUCACCCACGGGGAUGGCUCAGUGACAAGUACAAAUUGACCGCCUAAUACAGGUUCCACAGAAGAGGGUAUUUGCAAAAGAAGAGGGGAAAAAAACGUUAUUGUAUGCCGUAAUUGACACAAGUUCGUUCAAUAAUUUUACCAACAUUGAUACCAUGGGAUAAAUAUGGAUUAAAUUUUACGUGAAAGAUUAUUCCUAGUGUUAUUUAGUGUUUCCUUCUUAAGUUACCGUUCAGUACAGGUAGAAGAAAAAACAAACAGGCCGUUGGGACUAAGUAAAGGGUAACCACUUAAUAGAGGUGAAAAAUACAGUAGUUAUGGGGAACAAAUUUCAGGACAUUGAGUACCGACCGCUAAAUACAGGGGACCGUUUAAUACGGUGCCGCUUAAUACAACUUCAACUCUAUUUGAUAACAUCCUGCAUAGGACACUGUUAUGCUAUCUAAAUGUGUUGAUAAUGUAGUUUAGGUUGUUAUAAUAUUAGAAUAAAAUUGUGACUGGAUGGACCCGGUUGGGAGUCGCAAUAAAGUAUGUAUGCAUGUAAAAGCAUCCUGCAAGUAUAAGACAAUGUUGUUUAUUAUCUACUCUAGCUUUUAUUUCUUUGCGGAUAAUUUCUUUUAUGGUAGCAGUUUUUUUUUUCUUCUUUCUUUUGGGUUUUUUUACAUUUUUUCCUCCAUAUUUUUAGACUAUCAGUUUAGAAAAUUUACGUUUUUUGAAAAUGU